UCCGGCGCUGCCCGGAGCCCUUCCGGGCCGGCGGAGCCCCGGGUGUGCCAUGGGCGCCGGCGGGCGCUGGGUGCGGGCGGCACACACAGCCCUCAGCGUGGCCGUGGCGCUCGGGCUUCUCCUGCACCGCACGGAUCUGCAAAAGCAGGUGGAUCGCGGGGAGCUGCUGCAGCCGCUGAUCUUCGUUUUGCUGGUUUUGUGCUCGGUUCUGCUGUACUUCAAGGUGUCUCUCAUGGAUCCGGGUUUUGUUAAGCCUGAAGAGGAAGGGAAGGAAGGUGAGGAUAAAGGACAAGGUGUGGUUAUCCCUCAGAUUCCAGGUGACAUUAAGCUGCGGCGCUGUGGUUACUGYUUGGUUAAGCAACCCAUGCGAGCCAAGCACUGCCAGCUGUGCCAGCACUGUGUGCGGCGCUAUGACCAUCACUGCCCCUGGCUUGAGAACUGUGUAGGAGAAAGGAAUCACCCCCUCUUCAUAGUCUACUUGAGUGUGCAGCUKGUGGUUCUGCUGUGGGGAGGCCAAGUUACUUGGUCAGGCCUCUACUUUGGACAAUCCUGGGAGUUGCUGAAGCACAACAUUUUUCUCCUUGUGUCCUUUCUCCUGAUACUCAUAUUCACCAUUGUGGUCCUGCUGCUGCUYGUUUCCCACCUGUACCUGAUCUCCUGCAACACCACGACCUGGGAGUUCAUGUCACACCACCGCAUCUCCUACCUGCGGCACUCYGAGCUGGAGAACCCCUUUGACCAAGGGAUAAUCCUCAAUCUCUGGAGAUUCUUCUGUUCACGCCAACUCACUGCAUGGGAGAAAAUCUAUUUUCACAGGAACAGUGAGCCUGUCUAGUCCCAGUGUGCCAACACACCUGGAGGCUGCUGGGUAAAGYUUUGCUAAUGCAAUGGGUGCUGUUCCUUUGCACUGAACUUUAACAUAUCAUGGACUAUGCACCCUGCUCCACAACCUGUUCAUCUGCAAAUUACAUUUCAGGGAUAGUCAGGGGUAUUUUUUAUAUACAAAUAACACUGUUAAAGGCAAAAAUCCWGUUCUGGGAAGGCCAAAGCCAGCAGGGCUGAUUUCCAGACUGAGCAAGUAUCUUUCUAAAUUUAUUUCCUUUUGUUAACUGCAUCCAGAUCUCUCUGGUAGAAAUGCAAGAUUAAUGUGAACAUUCGUGUUCACUUCUCCAAGGUCUCCCUCUCCUUUUGCUGCUAGGGAACUGCUGCAAUUACAAAUAAAACCAGCCAGGAUCAGUGUAAUUCCUGUGGCCUUUUUUCAGCCUAGUUCUGACUGUGAGWACUGGAGUGCCUUUUGUCAGUAGCAUCAGGCUCAUAAGAGGAAUAUUUGAGUAAAUAUUGAGAGAGUCAAUGCCACAUGCCUCAACGUAUUGCUUUCCACAAAGACUUGAGGCUUAAUACUGUGAUGUGCAUGAGAAAGACACCCAAUUAAUCUUAUGAGAUAAUUAGCCCAUASAUUGUGAUGCCCUGAGCAGCUUCCUCACAGCUUUUUUAAUUGAUGAUGCUGCUAACAAUUCACUAUUUUGAAUCAAGCCAGUGAAGAAUUAUACCAUUACCUUUCUUUGGACAGAAGAGUAAUCCUUGGCUACUGAGUUAUUUCUGCAGAUAACGUCAGGCUCAGGCCUUUGCUGUAGCUUGGGAGAGAAGCAGUAGCAGAGGUGGGUACCUCAUGCCUAACUCAAGUAACACUGUUGGUAAACCUACUACUACCUCAACUUACUAGUGACAUUU